AUGCGCGACCAGACUGUCCGCCUUCAGCGCAAGCCAUUCUUUACUGUGCCGACAGCUCGAUUGGGCCGUGACAGCUCCGCGUCAAUGUCCACGAAUGCUCAACCUUCAACGCGGCGCAGGGUCAAGCGCAGAAGGGUCAACACCACAGACACGAUCGAAGUUGCACGAGGCUCGGCUCCGCCAGAUCCCAAUAGGCAAGCCUACAAUGCUGCAACGGCCCUUCAGGCGGCCACUUCCUCUCCUUCACUUCCCAAUAUGAUCCCUGUUUCCCGACCUCCAGAGGCUCCAUUCUACCCCGGAGCCAUUGAGAUGUGGGUUGUACGUGAUGCAAAUGGGCAAAAGCGGUUGGUAUCAGAAAGGGUCCCUGGAUACCGACAUUGGCGCAUUGGAGACCCCAAUAUGUCCACGUGUUUCGAGUGCAACAAGGGCGGCAACUUAGUUGGAUGUCGCACCUGCAAGAGAUCAUACCAUAUUGCUUGUUUGAAAGAAAGGGCGUCGGAAGAACUGGUUUUCAGAAGAAGGUUUCAUUGUCCACUCUGCAUCGAGCGGGGCUGGGAUGAACAACCUCCUCCUGAAAUACUACCUCUCACAGCUCCCUCGUCCCGUUCAGGAAGUCCGGACCCGCCCAGUCGUCAAGUGGUUUCUCGCCGAGUGUCUGGUGCAGGAGACGAACCGACAAAUAUGCCGCGCCUUGGCCGUGGUGAUGGCGGUGGCGAUGGCGAGAUGCAGAAUGACCCCAAUCAGCCUUAUCGACCCUCACACCCUGCACAGGCUGAGGAAAGGAACCAAGACCACGAAUCGGAUUUCUUCAAUCCUGAACAAGAUUCGACGCCAACUGCGUCAGAUGCACACCCUAUAAUUCCACAACCCAUCAGGGUUUCCCACCCCUCCUGGGCCCCGAGCUUGCCAGCAACUUCGUCGACCCAUCCAUCUCGACGGCACGAGUGGCAUGAGUCCGCAUUUCCAGAGACCUCAGACGACCCAGACGGCGUGAAAUUGCCUGCGUCUAAGAGGAGAACAAAGCGGUCAAGAUAUCAGACGAUGGAGAGCGACGUAGAUCUGGCGCUCACGACGAUCUAUCGCGAGAUAGAACGAGUCCAGGAGCUAAGGCUCGAGAUCAGAACUUUGCAAGAUGAGUUGAAGAUUUCCAAUCAAGAACGCCAGAUGCUGCAAGGUCGCGUGGCUCUCGAACGCUCAACCAGAGGCGAAAGUAUCGCACAGAGGGAUGCUGAAAUAGAAUCCCUGAAGAAGCAGCUAGACGCCAUGACCAGGGCUCACAACGCCGUUGUGCACGAGAACAAGCUUCUCGCUCAGCGCAUUGAGGACAAUACUACGACACAAGCUAAGCUAGAAGAGAUGCAGGCUUUGAAGAUCGGACUCCGCCGGUUGCUCGGUGACUGA